AUGCACUCCUCUAGCCGAACCUCCGCUCCGCCCUUGAGGCCUCGUCCCUUCGACACGAGCAGGCGAACCACCACUGCAGCGGAACCAAAGCCACACGGCCCUGCGGUCUGGGAAGACAAAAACAUGAACACCAUUUCCUCUUCCUCUCCUCGGCGUGCCACCAAAGUGACCCCCGAGUCUUCCAGGACCAGGGUGGGGGUCCAGCCUCGUGCCCCCUUGGGUCAGUCCAGAUUGGGUUUACAGAGAAACACUGCUCCCCUCUCUACGACCAAACCCAAACCCAAAAGUGUCCGUGCAGCAGCAGCUGUGUCCAACUGCGCCCCUCCUCCUCCUCCUCCUCUUCCUCAUCUGGACCCCAACUGUAAUGAACCCAGCCUGCCUUGUCUGUGCUGCGACGGCCAUUCUCCCCAGGACAAUAACAGUCUGUUCAACCACAACCACAACAACAACAACACCAUCUCCAUCAGACAGCAGCUAAAGCUUCAGCCCCCUCCACCACCUCCCCUGCUACCCCAGAGACAGGAGGGGACAGGGGGCAAGGCCAAGGCACAGGCCAGCCCCUCUCAGCCCAAGCCCCAGCCUCAAGCCCUGGCCCCGGCCUGCCCCGCUAAUGCCCUGGAGCUGGAGAAAGGGAAAAAAGAGGAGGAGACUGCAGAUGUGAACAAGAACACAGACGUGGUCAUAGACAACAAGAAAGAAACGGAGGAAGAGGUGGAUAACAAGAAAGAGAGAGAGGAGGAAGAGGAAAACAGUGUGGACGUUGAAGUUGAUGAAGAUGAUGAGGAGGAGGGAGAUGAUGAUGAUGAUGAUGACACGUUGGUCCCAUCGUGCUGCGACUGCCCUCCCUCUCUCCUGGAUCUCUCCCUGACCUCCUCCACCUCCUCAUCCUCCACUUCCAUCAGCUCCUGCUCCGAUCUGGAGUCAGACUGUGCCGAUCUCUCCAUCUCUCUGUCGUCCUCUGCCCAUGAGGGGAACGCUGAUCUGUCAAUCUCUCAGGACCACACUCUCAUUCACGUUCCUGAGUGCUACCCAGCCUCCCGUUCACCCCCCUCCCUGCUCCUCAAUCCCAACCCCCCCUCUGUCUCUCGCUGCCCUUCCUCCCCUCCACCUGCCUGCUCCCCAGACGAGGGCUACCCCUCCGCCCCCGCCUCCCCUUCCUCCGACUACUUGGGGGUCAAAGGUCAGACAGGCUUAGGGUCAGAGGUCACCAAACUAGGCCUCCUGGACUUCCUGGAGUCAGUGGGAGACUUUGGCAAGAUGGAGCGCUUCAGCCAGUUGAUACAGGUGGUUCGCUGGGACCUGGAGGGGGAUCCUCAGGGGGAUCUACUGAGGGAUCGACUGGAUCAUCUGGACCGACUGGAGAGUGUCAACAGGCAGGUGAAGCUGGCUCACAUCGCCAGGCUCCAUGAGAAGGGACUGGAUCUAGGCGAUCUGGGCAAGGAGGAUCUUUCUGAUGUUCUGGAUGAGAUGGGGAACGUGGAUAUGUCUUGGAAGCUGUAUAAGGGCCGGGGCGGGUCGCUGGGAGAUUCCCAGGAGUUCUCUGAUGCUGGAGUGGACCUGACAGCGCCUUCAGACUGUGACGAGCCCCUGGUCUCGGAAUCGGAGACUUCUUCGCCCAUAGAGCCCCCACCGAGACCCCCCAAACCCCCCCGCCCGCUAUGCCAGCGUGAACUCUGAACUCCACACCUACAUCAACAUCAGCCGUGACAUCACCCCCUCCGUCUCUGUCUGCACCUCUCCAUCCUCAUCCCCCACUUUCUACACCUUCAGGUGUGAGAAGGCCCUCCCUCCUUCCCCACCCUCCAUCCCCCCUCCUCUUCUCUGUCAGCCCAUCCCUUACUUUACUCUCUACAAAUCUUCCCCUCUCCCUUUCUCCCUCCCCUCCUCCACUCCCCCCAUCCCUCCCCCUCGGAGGAGGCACCUAGCCCGUAAGGAGGCCCAGCGUCUCGCCACCCUCCAAGCAGGAUGCGAGAAGACCCCCUUGUCCCUCCCCCCUCCCACCUCUCGCCCCCCUCCUCUCCCUCCUGCCCCCACCAUAACCAUCUCCAUCUCCAACUCCACCCCCCCCCCUGCCAUCCCUCCCCCGCCCUCACUCCCCCCUCCUCCCUCUUUCCAUGCAUUGGAUGAUGAGAUCCGUAAGCUACUGGUGCUAGCAGGACUGACCCAGGCUGAGCUCCUCAAACUCAGCCCAGAGCUGGGGGUCUCUGUGGGGGGACUGGAGGAGGAGGGAGAGGGGGAGACCCAUCACACCUCCAGGCUUGGACAGACACCGGAUAGAGGGAUGAGGAAAAAAGAGGAGAGGGCAAAGGAGCAGUAUGAUAUAGAUGGGUUGGCUGUGGAUGGAUGGAGAGAUGGCGGAGGGAGGUCAGGGGUGGAGAGGGAUAGAGAGACUGAUAUAUUUGGAGGAGUAAAGGAGGAUGAGGGAGAGAAAGUAGAGAGCAGAGAUGUGUUUAGAACCACGUCUUUCACUGACAUGGCGAGAAGGAGGAAGAGAAACAGUGGGUUUGGGGCUAACGUUAGCCUAGCAUCUGACCCCUACUACAGCACUGGCAAUACCAACACCUCUAACAAUGUUAGCUUCGAGACUUUCAAAUAUUCCCCUGUGCUCUCGGAAUCCCCUCCCCCUCCUCCCCCGCGUCCCUUACCCCCUACCCCCCCUACUCUUCCCCCCCUCAAAGUCUGCACCCUUCUCGCCAACUCUUUACGCCCUGAGCGAUUUGAUUGGCUCAUGGCCUUCUCCCCCGAUGGUGAAAACAUGCCCCUGCCCCCGCCCUUGGAAGUUAGAAAAUCCAAUGAAGAAACCCUGAAGAAAUCUACUUCCGGGUCAACGUCAUCAUCUGGGUCAACGUCAGGGUCGGGUUCAAAAGUGAUGACCUUCAAGGAACUGCGUAACCGUAGCAAACACAGCUCCCCGGCCUACCAGCUAAUAACUGAACCAGAUCCUGACCCCACAGUCAUAACCCCUGACCCUGACUUCCUCUACAACCUCAAGUGGAGGAGGGAAAAGACGGACAGCGACGGGAUCCAAUGGGAGUACACCUCCCAGGCCCAGGCCGCCUUCCUGCAACCACCUCCCCUCACGUCAUUGGCUGCUUUUAGGGAAAUGUUCCAGAAAGCAGAGGAUGCGAUUGGACAGCCCGAGCUGUGUCCCUCGCAGCAGAUUGGGUUCUCAGCCAGUGAAGGGAACCUGUGGAGGAUGGAUGGACAGAGAAAAGAGGAGGGAGAAAAGAGGAAAGAAGAGGUAGAGGAAGAAGAGGUGGAGGUGAGAGGAACAGCUGAUGGAGGAAGAACCUGGGAGUCAAGAACUACAGGUGAGUUAGAUGAUGAUGAUGGUCAUGAUGAUGACUAUAGGCCUAGUUGCUGACUGUGAGGUGCUGAUUUGGGGUUAAAAUGUGGCGGUAGUAACAAACUACAGUAUUCACUGAAGCCACCUUCCAUCUAAUAUUAUGCACACAACACCACAUCUGAAACUGUGUCCACUCUUGGGAAUAAAAAUUAAACCAGCAGAGAGAAAGAUGACAAAAACACAGGGGGAGAUUUCUCUGCAUUCCAGAGAAGAGGGAAAGAGAAAGAAGGGGGAACAAGAGAGAGAUACAUACAUAGAUGGGUGCAGCAUCUAUGUUUUCCAUCUAGGAUGGACAGAUAGAUGGAGGAGAUGGAAAGGAGAGCGAUAGGAUUAGAUGGGCGGCACUCAUUCUUUUUCAGGGAUGGACAGAUGAGUGUAUGGGGCAGGGUGGGAGAGGGAGACAGAGAGAGAGAUAUGGUAGAAUCUCUUCAGUGCUUCCCGUGGGCCUGGUGUGAUGUCAUCACUGCCUUAUUAAAUUAUUCAUCCAAUCUGCAGACCGGGGGGAAGUAAUGGAGUACCCACAGCUAUCCCUCCCUCCCUCCAUCUACCUCCCUCUCUCUAUCUCUCUCUCUUUAUCUCCCUCUAGCUCUCCCUCUCUUGCAGUUUUUUCUCUGUUACUCUCUCCCUUUUCUGCUAACUCUACAAUACUCCCUUUCUAUAGUUCUCUCCUUCCCUCAGAGGGAGACAGAGAUACACUGUAUCGCUCUCUCCCUCUGUCUCCCCUUCUUUCUGUCUCUUUCCUCCUCCCUCAUUCUCUUUCUAAUCUUCUCUCUGUUUCCCCUUCCCUCUAUUCUGCCCUCUCUCUCUCCUCUAUCUGCUGAGUCAUCGGUACAUUUUUUGCUGCCUACCUCCUCCUCUCUCUUUCUGUCCUUGACCGCUCACUCACUCCUUUCACCUCUCCUCUAUCUUCCAUCUUCCUUUCUUUUGUCCAGACUGUUCUCCCCUUCCCAGAGUGUCUGAGAUUUAGCUCAGAUCCGAUAACUCAUAUUAUUGGCUACCUUUAGAGUGGUUCUUAGUUACAUAGGCUGAAGGGCUGAAUACCUCUAUUAAUCUGUAUUUGAAUUACACAGCUUUAUUGUUUUGAUAACAAUUUACAUUAAGUAAUUUCAUUAUGUGAUUAUUGUCUAAAAUAUAUAUUUUUCGAAUCAAAGUUACAAUGUACAUUUCAGGAGACAUGCUGAAUGUGCGUGUGUGUGCGUGUAGUGUGCUUCCCUCUGUGUGUGUAUGUAAAAGCUAAGUUGUAUGGUAUUUGUCAACAUAGAAGGAGUUAUGUGUGGUCAACUUGUCACAGCAGUAGGAUAAACUGAUCCUAUGUUAUGUAGGGGCAACUUCUACCCACAGACUGUAAAACAAAAUACAGGCCAGACUAUUUGUCACGUGUGCGUGUACAGCUUUAAGAACCAAAAGGGAGGGGCUCCAUCUAUCAACCAAUGGCAGAGACUUGUUUCACAGUAGUGCAAAAAAACAGGAAGUGUAAUGUGUGGCUGCAUCUGAGAGACAGUCAGAUCAACUCAAGGCUAAACCAAGGUAUGGUAGUUAACACACAUUCUGUGUAGCCUCUAUCUCUCUUUCACAGUGAUAUUAAAUGAGACAAUGUAUUUCUGUGCAUAAUGGAGUUCUAAUCAGCACAGGCUAUUAUCCAAUAAUCUCCAAGGAGACAGAGAGAUAGACAGUGUGCAGCCAGGCAGGAACAGAACUCUCCAUAGGCUGACUCAGCGUAACCAACGGUACUCUGUACUGCUCUGUAGAGAGAGGAAAAUGAAAAGAGAGAGAGAGAGGUGAAGAUGGAGAGGACAGCAUACCACUACUGUACUGAGAGAGAGAGAGAGAGAGAGAGAGUAAGAGGAAGUAUGGCACUAGCUAGGGCCAGCGAUACAGUCACCUGCACCUAAUACGUUUUAUAAUACAGAAUACACUCUGAAGGAAGAGUAGAACGUGAAACCACUAACUUAAACCACUGGAAAUACUAGAGGGGAAAUGCCAUAGCCUAACUGUUUGAUGGUGAGAUAGAAGGUUUGGGUGUGGUUUAAAUAAUGGUGAACGACUGUGAGAGUAGGAAACGAAAGAGAAAGGCUUCUCUAAAUCUGAACUUUGACUCCUCUGUUCAUUAACUCCACCUCCAUUAACUCUGUCAUGUAUUGUGGUCAGUCUGUGUGCAUCUGUUGGGUCAGACUACUGAACAUAUGUUGUUGUGUGGAUACUGGGUGAUGUACUGCAUUACUGCAUGUUGUGGUGUGGUGGGGAUCUACUGGUUUACAUUGCAUUCUUCUCUCAACAGACACUAACAUUCUCUCCAUCUCUCUCUCUCUCCUCCCAAUUUAUUUGCAACAUACAUUUUUACUCCUCUCCUUGUUGUUCUCAUCCCUCCGUCCCAUCCGACCUUCUAACGUUUGUCCAUGGCUCUGCUUCUCCUUUACCUUCCCCUCCUCUCCGCUUUCGCUUGUCCUCCUGCUCCCAACUACCCACCCCAACUACCCCUACCUGCCCCCAACUACCCCCCUUCUGACCCCAACUACCCCCCCCCCCCCCCACACACCACCUACCCGCACCUCUUACUCACACUCCUACCCCCUGAAAAAAACCCUUGUCCCCUUCAAAUCCCCAUUUCUGCCCCAACCUGCCCCUGUUACAUUCAUACUCCUCUCUCUUCUCCCCUCCUGCCCUGUGCCCCUUUCGACUGGGCAGUGUCCUCACCCCCUCUCUCCCUGGCCCAGUCCCACUCCCAGCCCUCCUCCUAUUUCCUCCACUCUGCAAUCCCCCCUUACCGGCCAGGAUACUGUGGUGCUCAUACGAGAACGGCCCCCAGGACCCAACCUCACAGCCACACUGAAACCCAGUCCACAGCCACAGGCCCUAACCCCUACACUACCCAGUCCACAGCCACGGGCCCUAACCCCUACACUACCCAGUCCCACAGCCCACGGGCCCUAACCCCUACACUACCAGUCCACAGCCACAGGCCCUAAACCCCUACACUACCCAGUCCACAGCCACGGGCCCUAACCCCUACACUACCCAGUCCACAGCCACAGGCCCCUAAACCCUAUACUAACCCAGUCACAGCCACGGGCCCUAACCGCUACACUACCCAGUCCACAGCCACAGGCCCUAAACCCAUACACUACCCAGUCCACAGCCACGGGCCCUAACCCUACACUACCCAGUCCACAGCCACAGGCCCUAAACCCUAUACUACCCAGUCCACAGCCACGGGCCCUAACCGCUACACUACCCAGUCCACAGCCACAGGCCCUAACCCCUACACUACCCAGUCCACAGCCACGGCCCCUAACCCCUACACUACCCAGUCCACAGCCACGGGCCCUAACCCCUACACUACCCAGUCCACAGCCACAGGCCCUAACCCCUACACUACCCAGUCCACAGCCACGGGCCCUAACCCCUACACUACCCAGUCCACAGCCACAGGCCCUAACCCCUACACUACCCAGUCCACAGCCACGGGCCCUAACCCCUACACUACCCAGUCCACAGCCACGGCCCCUAACCCCUACACUACCCAGUCAUCUAACCCCUUUGCUACACAAUACACUCACACAUAUUUAAAUGAAGACAGCCAUGGAACUGAUUCUAAGAAUGACAUUGAUUCCGGAUAUAGCUAUAGUGACUAUUUUAAGAAGGAUGGAGGCCUAGACUCUGCACAUCGUUUUGGAAAUGACUUCAAGAGCAACGUUGAUAGUUUGUAUCGUUAUGUGAAUGACUCCAAGACUAAAGAAAAGCUGGAGUAUGGCUUUGGCUCUGACUCCAUCACUAACUUUGACUCCCUCUACUGCACCGCUACCGCCACUGAUAAACAGACUCACACACACACCGGCUCACACACACUCGUCAGCAAUGAUACACACACUCAAGGCUGCACCACCCCAUAUAAAAACAUUGAUGCAAUGAUGAUGGCAUACGCCAAAACACACACCGUUGGCUCCCUCGGUCGCACGGACACACACACACACUCCAACAAACACACUGACAUCGACCUGCUGUACGGCCCUAUCUCAGACAAACACACAUACACCUCUCGCCCUGGCCAGAACAGAACCUCUAAAGAUCUCCCUCCCCUCCCCACCUGGUACCUCUACCACCCCAAAAACUGCCCCCUCCACAGGGGCGCCCCUCCCCGCCUCUCCCCCAUCGGGGCUCUCGACCCCCCCCAUCGCUCUGGAGCCCCCCCUCCGGGCCUGGAUGCAUCCUGCCUCAGCUCACCCCUGUUCCCCCGCUCUCACACCCUCCCUGCCCUGGCCGCACCCCUCUACUACCCCUUCCUCUACCCCCCUAUCCCCCCCAGGAAAACCCCAGACCCCCCAAAACUCAUCCAGGCUCCGCCGCUGCCGCCUGCGCUGAGUAAGAGCUCUCUCUCUCUCUCUCUCUCUCUUUCUCGCUUGCUCUCUCACACACUCCCUCCCCCUGUCUAACAUCCUGCUCGCCUGUCUGUCACUCUGUUAGUCUGUCUGUCCGUCUGAGUGUGUGUAUAUCUAUAUAUCUAUCUCCCUGUCAGUCAGUCAGUCUGUCUCCCUGUCUGUCUGUAGUCUGUCUGUCUGUGUGUAUAUCUAUACCUCUAUCUCCCUGUCAGUCAGUCAGUCUGUCUCCCUGUCUGUCUGUAGUCUGUCUGUCUGUGUGUAUAUCUAUACCUCUAUCUCCCUGUCAGUCAGUCAGUCUGUCUCCCUGUCUGUCUGUAGUCUGUCUGUCUGUGUGUAUAUCUAUACCUCUAUCUCCCUGUCAGUCAGUCAGUCUGUCUCCCUUUCUGUCUGUAGUCUGUCUGUGUGUAUAUCUAUACCUCUAUCUCCCUGUCAGUCAGUCUGUCUGUAGUCUGUCUGUCCCUGCUGUUGUUGUUGUGUGUCUGUGUUGCAUGGAGUGCUGAAAUAGACACCUCUGAUUUUCACUCUCACCUUAAUGAAGCUAUGACCUUCAGCUUCUGUUGAACCAUGAUAAUCACUGUGACGAUUAUUAUCACGCUUAAGUGUGUGCAUGAAUGCGUGCAUUGGUGUACGUGCGUGUGUUUGGGUAUAACUAUACAUUAUGUGUUUAAUGUAGCGGUGAAUGGCUAUAAACUAGGCUGAACACUAACCUUCUAUAGUGUGUCUAUAUGUUUCCUGCUGCAUUUAUAUAAGUGGCUAUCAUGAGGUCAGAUUAAGGAAUGUUCUCACACCUUACUGAUACCACAGGAGGCUGCUGAGGGGAGGACGGCUCAUAAUAAUGGCUUGAACGGAGCAAAUGGAAUGGCAUCAAACACAUGGAAACCAUGUUUAAUGUAUUUGAUACCAUUCCACUCAUUCCUCUCCAGCCAUUACCACUAGUCCGUCCUCCCCAAUUAAAGUGCCACCAAUCUGUGACUGCUACCUGACUUCUGCAUGGCUGUCUUCUCCCUUAGGGGGUUUUAUGUUUCCUGUGUCUGUCAAGGUUAAUGCAUCCACUUCCCAUUGACAUAAUGUAUCACCCUCAGAAUGGAUGAUGUCCUGCGUAGAAUAUUGGAAAAGCAAAGUGUACAAGACAAUAAUUUUAGAUUCUGUGAAAAAUAUUGACUGGGAUGUUUCAACAAACUAAGCUAUGCUAUCACUAUGCUAUUACUACUACACUACUACUGAUAGUACUGCUACUCUACCACUGCUUUAACUAACUGUUACAACAACUAAUAUCACUAAUACUGAAACAGUAACACAGAAAUACCAAGUAACAUUGCUAUUCCUCUCUGUGAGUCCACCACUGAUUAGAGUAGAGUAAGUGAUCCUUCCUCUAUCUCUGUUAAUCUCAGCGGUUCGUAGCGUCUCAUUCGCUGGCUCUGUACAGAGGGGCGGGACUUCCUGGAUGGGCGAUGACGUGAAGGCCCCUCUGAGAGGGAUGUCCUCUCUGUGCCUGCUGGAAAAAAGAGGUAUGAUAUACCUGUAUAUAUUUACAUUUGACAUUUUAGGCCUUUAGCAGACACUCUUAUCCAGAGCGACUUACAGCAGUAAGUGCAUACAUUUUUGUACUGGUCCUCCGUGGGAAUCAAACCCACAACCCUGGUGUUGCAAGCGCCAUGCUCUACCAACUGAGCCACACAGGACCAUAAAUAGCCUACAUGUAUAUUUAUAUACAGUCUAUGUGAUAUACAGUACAUUUAUUCAUGUACAUUUACACUGUUAGAGACAUUGUGUUUGUGUGUGUAUAACUGUCUAACUGUGUCCCCGUCCACAGCUCUGGUCAGUGCAGUCAGUGUGGCAGUAGAGGCCAUUUUGGCUCAGUUCAGCUCCUCACGGACCCUGGUACAGAAGGUCAGUUUCCACUGUCUCUGUGUUUAACACAACGUUUAACACUGUCUCUUCAAUAAUACGAUGUACACACCACAUUAUGCAAGAUAUGGAAAAUGGGCUUGAGUUUUUAAUCAUUAUGUAUAUACUUGAUGAUGUAUUUCUGAAUGCAUGCCUGUUUGUUUCUACUGUGUUUGCCUUUGUCUGAUGCUGGUAGCAAACUCAGUUUCUCCUCUGUGGAUCAAUAAAGUAUAUUCAUUUCAAUUAUGAGAAAAUGAGGGCCAAUCAUCUUCCUCCGAUUUCACAUUUUGGUUUUAGAUCAGGGGAGGUAAUCCAAUCAGUGCAAACCUCCACCCCGCGUUUAUAAUACCUAGCUACCGCUCCUAAUGACGUAUUGUCAAACUGUUGCUAUGACAGGGUUUCCACACUGAAGAAGUGAAAAACAGAAGACAUAAAGAGAUCAACCAGCUCAAUCUCCCAAAAGACUCUUCAGCCUUAUAGGAUUUCUGUAUCCGUGUCUCUGAAAUUAGACUUAGGCCUAUAGCAGCGGUGGUUGCAUUCAGCUCAUUGGAACUUAAUGACUUGUGACACUUGAUGGCUCAAACUUGAUGGCUCAAACAGCCUGUUAGUGGCUCUAUAUCCAUAUAAUUUAUGAAUCAUCCAUUGAAUAACUGGAAAUAUCUGUCUCUUUCUCUGUCUCUCCUCUUCCUCUCCCCUAGUCUGCCUCCAUUAACAAGGUGCUAGAUUGUCUUCAGAUAUCCCUAUCUUUGGCUCAGUAG